AGUGUAGCCUUCGUUUUUAUGAAAAACACUUGUGAGACGGAGAGCGUGUGUCAAAAUGAGUGGGCAGCAACAAGAGCAGAGGAGGAACUCAAAAACUGUUCUCUCUCUUUGCAGUGUGCGAGCAGGUUUAUGCUAGAGCACCAUCCUCGCCAAGGGCUCAUGUGUGAGAGCAAGAGCUCUCCAGUGUGUUUGGUCUACAACAAGGCUGGUUAUUAAUGCGAGGGAGCCGGCACAUCUUGUUACGUGUUUGAAGGUUUCAGUGAAGGCCAAUUUCAAAGGCAGCGAGAUACAGCAGCGGCAGAGAUCCAUUCUACAACAGAAGGAUCUACAAUGACAUCCUACAACGUCAAACUGAAAAAAGUCGCUGACUAUGACACACAGGUUAAAGAAGUUCGCAAUCAGCUCAACGAGCAGCUGCGAGUGUUUGACAGCCAUUUGGAGCAGAAAACACAGUUACUGCAGGAUCUGAGCGAAUAUCUGCGCAGACGUGGUGAGAUCGAGGGCGAGUAUGCGCGCUCUCUGGAAAAAUUAGCCGACAAGUUUGCCUCAAGGACAAAAAAGAAGGAGUUGAGCUGUGAGUCUGUGCUUAAGUGCUGGCAAGAGUUGUUAAUUCAGACACGUCAUGAGAGUAAAGAUCACACCACACUGAGCGAGAGUUGUGGCACUACUUUACCCCAGCAGUUAUCUCGCUGUCUGGAGCUCGUUCAGCGCCUGGCUAAGAAGAGUAAAGAAACUGGCAACCAGUUACAGGAAGGAUUUCUGAAGACCACGGCCGAGUUACAGAGUUCACUGAAGACGUAUUCGCAGUAUCACACGGAGUACUUGUCAGCUGAGGUCAAGCUAAAAGAGGCCACCAAGCAGGAAGAGAAACAGAAACAGAGUGCAUCCAAGAAAAUGGAAAGAUUAAUCGAAAAAAGGCAGUGUAAAGUACAGGAGACUCAGCAGAAGUGUAACAAAGCACGCAACGACUAUCUGUUCAACCUGGAAGCGGCAAAUUCUUCCAUGCACAAAUAUUACCUACAAGAUCUCUCUGCACUGAUUGACUUUAGCGAUUUAGGUUUCCAUCAGUCCUGGAACCAAGUGCUUCAGUUUUACCUGUCCAGCCGCACGCAGGUCCACCAGAACCUGGGUUCUGGAUUGCACCAGUUGGGCAACGCACUCUGUGGUCUGGAUCAGAACCAGGACAGAGACACACUGAUACAAGCUCAUGAAGUGGCUUUUUGCAUGCCACUUCGAUUUCAGUACCAGCCUCAUGAGGGAGAUCAGGUGUGUGAAGUGAGCGCUGAUUCUGAGGUGAAAAGUGAGCUCGAUACCCGAUUCCACCAGCUGCAGACCAGACUCAACACUGUUACUGCAGAAAAUCAAGAGUUGAGCAAAAUGCUGUGUCUUUCUCAUUCCGCACUGCUGGAGUGCAUCAGCGAGGAUAUCUUCCAGUCUGAACAUAGCGCCAGUCAAUCUUUAGAGAACCUCUUCGAAACAUCGACCAACAAGCUCAAUCAAGCGAGACGCCGAUCCAAUUUGCAAGAGUCAGAAAACUCGUACUCUACGAAAUUUAAGGACCAUCUCAUUAAUGGCUUAUUAAUAUUAAAACUACAGGCAAAGCAUGAUCUACUCAAAGUCGCAAUACAAAAAGCUGGGACUGUGGAUGGUCAUCAUCACAGCAGAAUGCGUUCCAGGAGGUCUGUCCGUCAGAGGAAGAAUCAGCAUGGCACUCAGAUCACAGAGAAGGCUUUCUCUCAAGACAUGCUUUCUUACAUCCAGGCAUCCGGAGAACCAAUUCCUUUGGUGGUAGAGAGCUGUAUCAGAUUCAUCAACCUUCAUGGCCUGCACCAUGAGGGCAUCUUUCGAAUCUCGGGCUCUCAGCUUGAGGUCAAUCGGCUCAGAGACUUGUUUGAAAAAGGAGAUGACCCUCUGGCUGAGGAAAAUUUUGACUUGGAUUCAGUGGCUGGUGUGCUAAAGCUGUAUUUUAGAGGAAUGGAUAAUCCUUUGUUUCCUAAAGACAGCUUCGAUCAACUGAUGGAGUGCGGACGACUAGAAGAUGACUCAGUGAAAGUCGCACAGUUAAAGUCAGUUAUUCUUUCCUACCCUUCUCCAGUAAUUGUGGUGAUGCGAUACCUGUUUGCAUUUCUCCACCAUGUCUCCCAGUACAGUGAUGAAAACAUGAUGCAACCCUACAACUUGGCCGUGUGUUUCGGACCCAGUUUGAUCAGAGGACCUGAAGACACAGACCCUGUUACUCUCCAGCAGAUCAAUGCUCUCAUCAAAACAAUCAUAAUCCAUCAUGAGAGUAUUUUCCCCAGCCAGAAUGAGCUAGAAGGAUCUAUCUAUGAGACGUGUAUGACCCUAGAACCAGAUGAUAUUGAGGCUAUUGCAGAGGAGUCAGAAAUGGAACCAGACAUGUCUCCUAACAAAGAAGCCAAAGAUGAACUAGAAGGAGUGGCCUUGUUCGACUACACGGCUCGCUCCACAGCUGAGCUGUCUUUCAAACAGGGUAGACGUGUCCGCCUUUACAGCAGAGCCUCUUCUGAUUGGUGGAGAGGAGAAGUCGACGGUUCAAAGGGGCUCAUCCCAAAUAAAUAUAUCAGUGUGCCAAGCAUGGAAGGAUGGCAGGAGCACAAUGAAAGACACAACAGUGGAAGUCAGGCAGAGGAACAGCAAGCUGGCAUCACACAAACACGGAUCAAAGUGUUAAGUGAGAAGUCAGGACUCAGUUCCAGUCAAGCACUUGCAGGGAAAAUUUCCUUACAGUUACCAGUUGUGCAACUGCCAAGCACUUCUCCAAGGGCUUUGCGGAAAUCUGAUCUCCCGAUGAGAAGGGUUCCACCAGACAUUGAAAGAGACGAAGUCAAAGUAGUGUUGGACAAGGACGUGUGUCAGAACAUGGACUCUGUCUUCAAGGAGCUUCUGAUUCGCCAGCAACACAAGGAUCAUAUCUCUUCAUCUUCUGUUCCAUCCCAUUCCUCUGCCUCCCAACAAAACCUUAACAAAAAAGGAUUGGCACCGCAAAAAGGGAAAGGCAGCAUUAAAACAGCCGAACAAAUGAACUGAGACCCACUGAGAGCGAAUGCCUUUUUGUAAACACAGAAACUGAGAACUUAUAUAUGUGUUCCUGUAAAGACAUAAUAACAUGGUUCUGUUUAGUUCCUCAUAAUAUUUAUUUUUUUCCAGUUCUUUGAUAAAUGUAGUGGAUAAGUUUGGCCAAACUAUCCUACGAUCAUGUUACACAAAGCACUGUUGUAACUUCCUUAUUUAAAUUAUUCUUCAUCAAAUCUUUAGUGACCUAAAUCUAAAUCAGCUUCAAUAGUAAUUUAUUUUCUUCAGCUAUUUAUUUUCCAGAUCUGCAGUCUAGUUGUUUGGUGUUUUGGAAUAAAAGAUUUCUAUAAUCUGUA